GGCGCACGAGUUCAAUUAGCUAGCGCACAGCCAACAACUGUCUGAUAUCCAACGUUUUUCGAUUUUGAAAUUUGAAUAUUAUUCUAUAUAUUAUAAGAAAACUUAAAAAAAAAUUCGUCCAGUUUAGCAUAUUCACUUUUCAUUAUUAUUUAAUAUCUUGAUAUUUAACAGUUGUGCAACAGUCAAACGAUGAAAACGGUUUCCGAAAAUAAUAGAAAUAUUCCGGACAAGAUGUCCAACAAAAAAGGAGGUCCCAGAAAGUUCUUGCAAACAUUGCAGCCGUCUGGCGGCGACAAAGAAAAUUUGGUUGGGACCGGCAGAUUUCAUGAACACAAUUCUGAUCCUAAAAUAUCGAAGCCACAAUUUAAGACUGAAGUAGAUGUAAAAUCUAAUGAAAAAAAGCAUUUAUUUUCAAAAAUAAAUCCAUCUCAAUACAAGAAGUUAAUUAUAGAAGAUCUCACUAGCACUGAUGGUCCUAGUGAAAAAUACUGGGAGGUUAUUGCAGAACGUCGUAGAAAGGCUUUGGAAGAAGUUCUUGAACAAAAUCGUAAAUUACACACCAUAGUCAUGGCAUUGGAAGAAGAAAAUACAUCUUGUAAAAAAUUACUCGAAAAAACGACUGAUCUCGUUAACACACUAAAGGAAGUACUAAACGAAGAAGAUGAUAAAUCAACUGAAGAUUAUGUCGAUAAUUACAUUUCGUCAAUCAACUCCAAUCAAAUAAACAGCAACAAUGAUUUUUCUGGCAGUGAAUCUGAAUAAAUUCUUUUUACAUUUUAAUUUAACAAAUAAUUAAUUUUUUUUCAAAUUAUUCAACUGAUUUUUUUUUUUGUUCCUACUAAGUAUUAAUUUAUUUUGAAUUAAACUUAAUCAUAUCAAUAUUU